UUUCAAGUCUUGCCAUUUUUUUGGUACCCAUUUUCUUCUUCUAAGAUCACCCGCAGUGUAGCAUUCUCUCUCUUCCUUUGACUCGUCCUUUGCACGACUUCGCUACCAUUGAUCUUUCCCCCUCCCCCUCCCAUCAUUGAAAAACAAAGCCUCCCCCUUUCCCACUUGCUUCCUUCUCUCUCUCUCAUGGCUGCUCCUCCCUCCUCUAUUCUUCUUUUUCUCAUUUAAUUUAAAUUUUUUUUUGGGGUUUUUUUCUUCAAUGGACGGAAGUAUUCAAGCAGUCGUUGCAGCAAUUUUAAGCUUCUUUUUAGUAUCCUUAAUCUUAUCUUUCAUUAUCUUACUCUGCAAAUCAACCAAAAAACCCACCCGUCCAAACCCUCCUCAAACCCUAUCCGUAACCCGAACCCGACCUGCCCCUAACCCACCCGACUUCUCCACAUGCGACAGCGCCGCCUUCGAUCCAUCUCUCAACCGUCUCGACAUGGCGGAACUCGCCGCCGCUACCAAGAACUUCUCAUCCGACCUCAUCAUCGGCGACGGCAGUUUCGGCUAUGUUUACAAAGCUACUAUGUCCAACCGAGUCACCGUCGCUAUUAAAAAGCUCGACCCGAAUGCUUUUCAGGGCCUCCGAGAGUUUCGAGCUGAGAUGGAAACCCUAGGUAAGCUUCGUCACGAAAACAUCGUUAAGAUUCUGGGGUUUUGCUCGUCGGGUCUUGAUCGGGUUUUGAUUUAUGAGUUCAUUGAGAGAGGGAGUUUGGACCAAUGGUUGUAUGACGAGGACCACGAAAACUCGGGUGGCCGGUUACCGUUAUCUUGGGAUACGAGGAAGAAGAUUGUUAGUGGGAUAGCUAAUGGGCUGGCUUAUUUACAUGGGCUUGAUACGCCCAUUAUCCAUAGAGAUAUUAAGGCCAGCAAUGUUUUGUUGGAUAAAGAUUUCGAGCCCCAUAUUGCUGAUUUCGGGCUUGCUCGGCAAGUGCAAGAGGCCCAUUCACACGUGUCCACGCAAGUAGCGGGGACAAUGGGUUACAUGCCACCGGAGUACCGGGAAGGGAACACAGCGGCAACGUUUAUGGCGGAUGUUUAUAGUUUCGGAAUAUUGAUGAUUGAGAUUGCCACGCAAAACCGGCCGAAUUGGCCCAUGAGGUUCGAGGGGAAAGACGUAGGACUAGUGGAAUGGGCUAGACAAAUGGUGGCCCAAAAUCGACAAAUGGAAAUGGUAUAUCAAAAGAUUCCGAAGGAAGGGUUGACUAAAGACGAGGUUAAGCAGUAUUUUGGAAUUGCAUGUAUGUGUACUGAUGAGCUAUCCAAAGAAAGGCCAGCCAUGAGCGAAGUUGUUGAGCUGUUGGAUCAAAUUUCAACAUGAAUUUAUUUGCAAUUGGAAAGUGAUGAUAUAUGGUUGGUAAAAUUUUUCCGUUCAUGAGAAUGUUGUAUUAUUUUGUACAUGGUCAUAUCUUUAUUAUGGGGGUGAGAUCAUGUGAAAUAUGUAAAUAGCUUAUGAGCAUUUACGAAAAUAUAUAGCCAAACCUUCUAUAUUGGUUAGGAAAAAUAUUCUCCAAGUUGAUGUUUGUAAUUCAGCAUUUUAUAGUGGAAUGAAUGCUCAUGAAAAGUCCCUUUCUUUUUUAAUUUUUCAUAUUUAACCAUUAGACAUUAUAUACUUUUUUUU